AAGCGGGGAUCCCAUGGUCACCCUGUACCAAAUAGGCCGCGCUCCAAAUACACCAAGUCUAACGCCAUUUGCAAUCAAACUUGAGACCUAUCUGAGGGCAGCGAAUAUUCCAUACAAGAAUGACCAUAGAGGGAAGGCUAGCUCCAAGGGAAAAGUUCCAUGGAUUUCCUAUCAGGGAAAGGCUAUUGCCGACUCAGAUUUCAGUUUGGAGUUCCUUAACAAAGAGAGGAAUGUAGAUUUAAAUAGUCAUCUAAGCGAUGAGCAGAAAGGUGCUGGACGAGCAUUUCAAAAGAUGGUCGAGGAAAACACAUACUGGGUGUUGGUACUCGACCGUUGGUUAUAUGACAAAACGAAUGGCACUGCAAAAACCUUUGGGAUUCCUAGUAUAAUGAGAUGGCUUCCAAGGUCAAGGUUUGUAGGCAUGGCCAAGAAACAGGGGAUUGGACGACAUAGUAAAGCGGAAGUCGAACAAAUUCUACGCAAUGAUGUCAACGCCAUAUCCUGUUAUCUUGGUUCAAAGAAGUUUCUGUUCGGGGAUAAGAUAUCUCAAUAUGACAUGGCUGUCUUUGGCCAGCUUGCUGCAAUGAAGUAUGAACCAUUCGGUGGGAUGGCUGGUGGCGUUGUCGACGAGUUCAGUACAGUGUGUUCCUACCUUGACCGUAUCAAGACUGAGUUUUGGCCGGAUUGGGACGAAUGUACGACAGGAGGUGGAACCAGGAAGGCAACGAAAUAGACCCAUUCUGAGGAAUAACAUACGAUGAGUUCCUGACUCUCAUGUACGUGUCGGCACAUUUAACACUAUUGGUGUCUUCAUUUGUAUAAUACCUUACAGGAAAACACACACACGAAACAUAACAUAAAACAACAAUCGAAACAGCACAUGAAUCAACACACGAAAAACAUACGAAACAGCACAAGAAACAAAAAAACGGUGUAUAUGUUUAUGGAGCUACACCGAUUGAUUGUAUAUGGCAGCCCAUUUAAGCUGACAUUCAAAGAUAAAGCGUGGUAUGCAGUUGUCCUUGUUUAAGAACGCUUUUAUACAGAUGUACCUGUGCAAAAACUGUGCCAGUAACCGUACAAACGUUUCGAAAUUAUGUGACUAUGUGUAGAGGAUAUGUAGAUAUCUAACAAUAUUGAAUUUCCGUGUUUGCCUCCUAAAAGAAAGAUACCUGAUAUGUAGAUACUACUUAUUUUUCUUAUUGGUAGCAUGAUACUUGGGCUGCUUUUGUAGGUUUCUUGCUCAGACGAAUCAAAGACGUGCUGGUAACAUGACAUAUUCAACAAAAGAGUUGUUUUUUUUAUGUUAUUAUACUGUGUAAGGAUGAGCACAAUAAUCGCACUAUGUUUUGUCCAGAUCACACGCCAAAAAGGUACUUGUCUGUGAUAUUGUGGUAUUUUCUUCUUGCUAAUGAAAUCUAUUGCAAUUCUAUUUUUGACAUUUGAUUUAUAUCUUUAUAUAUUACAUAUAUCUAGAGUUUUACACAUAAAUGUCUUAGCUCAUUAUAACUAUCAAACAAUAUUUUUGUUCAAACAUGACGAUGAAUGAUAUUUUUCGUAUAAUAACUUCUUUAUAUACAAACUUGUAACUUAUUAUUGAAUGCAAUGUCAGUUUUCUUUGUCUUCAUUUUUAUUGUUGGGAUGAGGCUACUACUGGUACAUGUAUCUAUACAUUUUUCUUAUUUUUCAAAUUAUCAUGCUAUGUCUGUAUGUUAUUUAUAUUUCACAUUGCUCUUAUAUGAAGAAUUUGUAAUGAGGUUUCAUGUAUAAUACAACAUCAUGCAUAAUGAAAAUAAGUCAAGAUGGUUUUUACCGCAUACUUCGAAACAACGGACAUUCCGAUAAAUAUAAGAGUCAAAAUUUGAGAGAAGCAGUCAUUUUGUUGCGUCAUUUUCUUUUCAUCACAUAAUGUCAGUAUCCAAAUUAUCAUGAAUCACCCUCUUUUUCUGAUUACAGAAAAAAACAUAUUAUAGCAAUAUUGUAUAUUACAAUACGGACAUACCAAAACAAUUACAUAGCGAAUAUCAACAGGCAAAUUGUGUGAUAAACAUUGAUAUUAUUUUUAUGUAUUUUGUGAUAUGAUAACAUGUGUAUCUUCAAAUUGUUUAUCAUUAGUGCUUUAUAACCAAUGUCCUGGUAUGCAUUGAUACUAAUAAAACAAUUUCAUUUGUU